AUGGUACCUUCGUUUCUCCGACGUUUGUCACGCUUUAGCUUAUCAUGGAAACCUCUGGAGUUCUCGAAUUCAAGUUUCACGCGGAUACCUGCAAGCCAGAAAAUUGAAGAAGAGACUAUCCCAGACUACAUUACUUCUCGGUAUUAUCCAACCCGAAUAGGAGAAGAUAUUGAAAGGAGAUAUCAGGUCGUGGGAAAGCUAGGGUACGGAGCAACGUCCAGGUCUUUUUGGGUGGAGGAACUGCAGACAACAUGCUAUACCUGCAGUCGCCGGCGUUAUGUUACCCUUAAAAUCUUCAUAACAUCUACCUCAAUGGGUCAGCGAUUAGAUGACGAGCUCCGGAUGUACAAGCGGAUAGAAAAAGGCUCACGAUCCCAUCCCGGCCAUCAAGCAAUGCUUGGUACACCCACCAUUAUAGGAAAAUUUGUUGACCUUUCUUCAUCGCAAUCCAGUACGAAGACUACCUCCGCUACUUUUAGCAUUGGUGCUUCAGCGGUUGUUUUCGGCGUUGGACUAUUUGCCGACAAUAUCAUGUUUGGUACCGCUGAUGAUUCAAUUUUCAGAGAUUUUGAAGAAGCGGAGCUUCAAACUCCAUCUCCAAGGAAGGAGUUAGAUGGAAGGAUUAUCUAUCUAUCGAGGGAACUAGGAAUACCCAAAGCAUUGGGACCCCCUGUCCUAUGUGACUUUGGUUCGGCCAUACCCGGUGACAUAGAACACUCCGAAUAUAUUCAACCUAAUAUCUACCGGGCCCCAGAGGUGAUCUUAGAAGCUCCAUGGACCUAUAGUGUGGACAUAUGGAAUACAGGAUGCAUGAUUUGGGACAUUUUUGAGGGCGAGUCUUUAUUUACCGGCCACGACCCAGAGUUCCAAACCUAUCGGAGUCGAGCUCAUCUUUCUGAGAUGAUUAGGCUUCUAGGUCCCCCGCCGCCUCCUUUGCUUACGCGAGGGAACCUAAGAAGUAAAUUCUUUUCUGCCGAAGGUAUGUUCUGUUUUUUCUGUUUUCUCUCGUGUGAAUUCUGCGCCGGAAUACCUCUUCUCAACCGUGUUCAGCUUGAGGAAAGAGAAUCUACUUUCGAAGGAGAGGAAAAACUGGCCUUUUUACGUAUGGUACGAAGAAUGCUCCAGUGGCAGCCAGAGGACCGCAGAUCUGCCAAAGAGCUUGAACAGGAUAAACAAUUCAUAGUAUGUAUAAUCCCUUUCCACACGUUAUUCUCUAGGUCGUCUUCCAAUACCCCGCCAACAAUAUUAAUAGCAGCAGCACUGCAACACCUAUCAAUGGUUGCCCACCAAGGUGAAUAUCUAGGUAAGUAG